UACAGUGGUAUAAAAUCUGUAUGUGGAGCCAUAAACCACAGAGAUUCACAGAACAUUAUAAGAGAGGGACAGAACAAAUUAAAAUUUUUUAGGAUUCUGUGGGGAUAAACUUUCUCUCAAUUUAAUUUACAUUUUUAAUUGGACAGUUCUUAACUUGAUGUUUUUCACAAUGUGUAUAACCGAGAAAUAAGACAGAAAAACUACACUUUCAUACUUAAAUAUCUUAAAAUGGAUUAUAAGAUGGAGUACAUGCUGUUUCUUGUCUUUCUGACAACCGUGCCAUCUGCUGCCAUAAUGAACAGGAAGGAUCUCAUGGAAGCCUUGGUCUACUUAAGGACCUAUGGCUACCUGCACCGACCACUGGACAGCGGCAUGAAUCACGUUCAUCAAGCUGAAGAAAUCACAGAGGCACUGAAAAUAUUUCAGAAGGCAACUAACUUAACCGUGUCAGGAACGCUCAAUGAGGCAACAAUGUCAAUGAUGAAACAACCUCGAUGUGGUAUUCAGGACUCCUUCAGUGACAAAUCCCUCAAAUAUCGAGUCUUAGGUUCUAUUUGGCGUAAGAAGAGACUGACCUAUCGCAUAUAUAGCUACACCACAGAUUUGGGCCUGGCAAAAACACGUGCAGCACUUCAGUCUGCGUUUAGGUACUGGAGUGAGGUGUCACCCCUGACAUUCCAGGAGGUUCUGUUUCCAGGAAGAGCAGACAUCAAGAUCUCAUUUCAUAAGAAGGACAGAUCUUGUCCAGUGCCAUUUGACGGGCCAGGUGGAGUGUUAGCCCAUGCCGACAACCCAGAGUCAGGCAUUGUACAUUUUGACGAAGACGAGCUGUGGACUGAGGGGAAGUCCUCUGGCCCUAAUCUGAGGAUUGUAGCAGCCCAUGAGAUUGGCCAUGCCCUUGGCCUGGGUCACUCCCAGUACAGCAAUGCUCUGAUGGGACCUGUGUACUCUGGUUAUCGUGCCGAUUUCAAACUACAUCCAGAUGACAUCCGUGGAAUCCAAGCUUUGUAUGGAAAGCCAACCAAUCGUCCCACAGUGUCCAGACAUCCUAAUGACCCCACCCUAGAGGCAGGUCCCCCAGAUCCUUGCAAGGGCACCAUGGAUGCAAUCAUGUUAGGUCCUUUAAGCAAGACAUAUGUCUUCAGCGGAAAGUAUGUGUGGACAUUGUCUGACAGCGAUGGCUACGACACACCCAUCCUGAUAUCUGUGCUAUGGAAGGAUCUUCCUGGGAGCCUCAACGCAGCUGUUCACUCUCAGAAAACCAACAAGUCCUACUUCCUGAAAGGAGACAAAGUGUGGAGAUAUACAAGAUUCAAACUCGACAUUGGUUAUCCUAGAAGAUUGGCAGGCAUUCCUUCUAAUGUUGAUUCAGCCUUGUACUUCCAAAGGAACAGCGGGGUGAUAUUCUUCAAGGGUUCUCAAUACUGGCAGUGGGAUGAAGCUGGGCCAGUGGAUGGCAGGACAUACCCCAAACCAAUCUCACAUCUUUUCUCUGGGGUACCAUACAACCUGGAGGCUGCCCUCAGUUGGACAAAUGGACAUAUAUAUGUUUUCAAAGGUAACCAGUACUGGCGCAUCAAGAAUAACAAAGUUGUUGAUAAGGGCUACCCUCUCAAAACUAGUGAAAAAUGGAUGCAAUGUGAUGAAUAGGCCUUUAGAGGUUAGUGGUGUCUCGCUUGUGCAGGGAUAUCCAGCGUCCCAGAAGAUCUCUGUAAUGACAAAUCAAUUGAAAGAUUUAUUUUCAG